AUGGACUACACACAUUCGAAAACAACUCGCAUUCCCAGUAAGCGCGCCCGACCUCCAAACUCCACGUCAACUGGCUACAAGCGGAGAAGACUGGACAGCGGGUCUAUGGCACGUAUUAACGAAUUUCAUCCUGACGUAGAACCUGGCUCGCCGCCCAACGAUCCGGGAGCGCUCCCAUAUGAACCAGGUCUCCGGUCGGAGAGUGACUACGCGUUCAGUCCAUCCCAGGCUGCAUCUUCGAACAUCCCUGCCCACAUCCUUUCACAUGAACGUAAAUUUGUUCAAGUCGAUCCCGCUCGAUACCCAGCCACGUCAAGUGCAUCUCUAGAUACAAUCAUCGAUAGCCAGCUACCCAUUCAAUCCUCAUACGCAGAGAUUAACUCUGUACUACCCGCUACUCAACCAUUCAUGUUUUCUCCCCUUGGUGACGGCGGGAAUGCCAACAUUCACAGUGGCUGUGCAUCAGAGCACACGCAAGAAUCUUCUUAUCAUGAUGGGGCCACACUGGAUACCCAACGUCACGGCAUCAAGGCUCUGCUAGACGCAAAUGAACCAACAACAAGUAUCGUGACAGGAAGCAUACUGCUUCACGAAGGACACCCAGACCUGAAGUGGUGCCGUGAAUAUGGGCGUCCAGUAAUCAAAGACCUUCCUACAACUGUCGUCGACGAGCCUGCGUUGGAAAAUGUGGCCCGAAAAGUUGAAGCACGAAACUCUCAUCCUUUCACUGCACCAGAGCUUCAAUCCAUUGCAUCGCUACCAUCGGACUCUGUACAGACCGCGAUGAUAAGGACUCAGUUUCUCCAGGAAUGUACGCGUACACAGGACCGAACAUUCUUGCAAGAUGCGGACAACCAUCAACCCAUCCAAGGCGUAUGCGAUAGUGGAGAUGAUAGGGGUGUAAUAGCAAGUCACAUGGAGGAUAGCUACGGCAGGAACGCGAACGAUUCCCUUGAACACGGUAAUGACAAGUGUGUAGCCAACAAUUACAUAGAAGAGAUUUCGCAGACAGUCCAGGAAAAAGAAUUCCUAGAGUUUAUUCCAUGGGAUCUGGACAUGCUCCAGGAGGCCAGUGGGAGCUCCGAAGCCAGUAGCUCAGACGCAG